UCCAGAGUCGGCAGUGUCUCCGGUUCCGCGAUGGCGGAGGACGUGCAGGAGGCAGAAAUCCGCGAGGGAUCGGUUCUCCGGGUGUCGUGGAAGCCCGGCGGUGGUCAAGAAGUGCGGCUGCAGAAUCGGGGGAUCGGCCGCAUCGCCGGAAACGCGUUCGCCGAGGCGCCGUCAGACCUGGACUGCGUCGACUUCCGGGACAACAGGAUAGCCGAACUGCCCGCAGGCCUCUUCGCCGGGCUUUCGAUGGUCAGCACCUUGCUGCUGUCCCGGAACAAGAUCGGCCAGAUCAACAGCGCCGCGUUGGGCGGAUUGGCGAACCUUCGGGAGCUGCGGCUCACCCGGAACAAGAUAGAGGAAAUCCCGGCUCGCUGCUUCGUCGGGACGCCGUUUUUGGCGAGCCUGAACCUCUCUUACAACGAGAUAUCCCAAGUAGACCCGGAGGCCUUCCGGGGACUCGGGAGGCUGCGGGAACUCGAUCUGAGCAACAACAACAUCUGCACCCUGAGUGAUUCUGUUUUUGAAGACCUCGCGUCUCUGGAGUCCCUCAGGCUCUCGUGCAACGGGAUAUCCGAGGUGAAUGCUCGGACCUUCGGGAACCUGCGGAGGCUGAAAGAGCUGGACCUUCAUCUGGUCCGGAUAACCGAGCUGAAGGAGCGCGGGUUUGGAAACCUUUCGAAACUCGUUAAGCUAACUCUGUCGUGGGGGAAGGUCGACACCAUAGCGUCGGGGGCGUUUGAGGGGUUGGAAAGCCUUGAGGUUCUCGAGUUGAACAGGAAUCAGCUGACCUGUGUACCCGAGGGUGUUUUUCGCCCCCUGGUGAAACUGAGGAAGCUGGUUUUGUGCUACAACGACAUCACUGACGUCGAGACGAAGGCCUUUCAGCGACUGGAUAACCUGAGGGACCUUAAUUUGAGCAGGAAUCAAAUCGCUCAGUUACCCGACGAGGUCUUCGUCGGUACUCGGUCUCUCACGCACCUCAAUCUGUCCUGGAAUAAACUCUCCGAGGGUCUAAACCCCGGGACUUUCGUCGGGCUGAAAGACCUCGAGGAACUCGAUCUUAGCAGGAACGGUAUCCAUGCUCUUCAGAAGGGCCUAUUCUCCGAGCUCGGAUCUCUCGGGAAAUUGAUUCUAUCGAACAACGUCAUCGCCGAUAUCGCGCCGGGCGCUUUUCAGGGAUUGGCCAAACUCAACGAGCUCAAACUCAACUGGAACUACCUCGUUACCAUACCUCAGGGAGCUUUUCUCGGUCUCGAUUCCCUCGUCGUUCUCAAUCUCUCCUAUAACAAAAUAAGCCAGCUGGACGCCGGUGUUUUUAAGGGUGUCGAACGGGUCAGGGAUCUCGACCUUUACAAAAACAGACUUGAAGUAUUACCGGACGACGUCUCGAGAGUUCUCGUCUCCAUUGAAAAGCUCAAGAUAACUUGAUACCGUCAUUCGAUAUCCCGUAUAAAAGACUUUCAUUUUCACUGCACGAGUUUCUAUUCCACCCUGAUCGCGUUGUUUGCGUAUGGGAUUACAUGGAUUAGCAUCAACAAUUGAUUUGUGAGUUACCUUGCAGUUUCUUAAUCAGUGUUAUCGUUAUUUUUUUACUCGAUGACGGCACACGUCAACACUUUCCCCAAAUAGUGAUUCGCCCACACAUAUCUACACACAAUCGUAAAUCAUUAGUCAUAUAUAACACAGUUAACAUAUCAAACAACGAUAAGGUAAGAUAUCUCAGACACCUACACUUGUACAUUUAUCUCUCGAUGUACGAUACACCUUGAUAAAGAAAAAGAACGCGCAAUGUCUCGCGAAAACUUCAUUUAGCUAAUAAACUUCGCCUCAUCUACCUCUCUUCAUAUAUUAUACAAAUAAUGUUGCACAUUGUAAUAUAUUCUGCCACUUAAGUGUUUUGCAAAUACAUAAA